AAUACACGCAGGUUGCAAUAAUACCCGUCGUUGCAACCAUCGGAGAUAGAAUCCGAUCCUCGGCGGCGGUUGAGAAAACUCUCUAAUGGAUCUGCUCAGGGAAGAAAUUCUGAAGAAACGGCGGAGUCUGGCUGAGGAAUCUGGUGGUAAGAAGUUCUUCAAGCGAUCUGAGAUCGAGCAGAAGAAAAUCCAGAAGCUUCGAGAGGAAGAGCGACGCGAGCAGGAGCUUAAGGCCCAGCGGAGAGCCGCCGCAGCCGGUGGAGGUGGAAAAUCAUCCGGUGAUUCAUCUGCUCCUGGUUCUUCUACGGCAUCGGCAUCUGCGUCUUCCAAGUCCUCCGCAUCGGACGCGGCUGCUAUCGCUGAUUCCAAAUCCCUAACCGACGAGAAAAACAUCGAAAACCUAGCUCUACCGAGGCAGGAAGUGAUUCGACGAUUGAGAAUCCUAAAGCAGCCGAUGACUCUGUUCGGGGAGGAUGAUCAGGCGCGGCUCGAUCGACUCAAGUACGUGUUGAAGGAAGGGUUGUUCGAGGUGGAUAGUGACAUGACUGACGGGCAGACGAACGAUUUCUUGCGUGACAUAUCUGAGCUGAAGAAGCGUCAGAAGAGUGGUAUAAUGGGCGAUAGGAAGAGGAAGAGCAGAGACGAUAGAGGGAGAGAUGAAGGUGACAGAGGGGAAACGAGGGAUGAUGAACUCAGUGGUGGUGAGUCGAGUGAUGUUGAUGCUGAUAAGGAUUUGAAGCGUUUGAAAACUAACUUCGAGGAUCUAUGCGACGAAGACAAGAUCCUUGUCUUCUACAAGAAGCUAUUGAUUGAAUGGAAGCAGGAGCUUGAUGCCAUGGAGAACACCGAGAGGAGAACUGCCAAAGGAAAGCAGAGUGUAGCCACUUUUAAGCAGUGUGCUAGGUAUCUAACUCCUCUCUUCAACUUAUGCAGGAAGAAGGGUUUGCCAGCUGACAUUCGCCAAGCUUUAAUGGUGAUGGUUAACUACUGCAUAAAGCGAGACUACCUCGCUGCAAUGGACCACUACAUCAAACUAGCCAUAGGGAACGCACCAUGGCCCAUCGGCGUGACUAUGGUUGGUAUCCACGAACGUUCAGCUCGAGAGAAGAUUUACACAAACAGUGUUGCUCACAUCAUGAACGACGAAACCACUCGCAAGUAUCUUCAGUCAGUUAAAAGAUUGAUGACUUUCUGUCAAAGACGAUAUCCAACUAUGCCUUCUAAAGCCGUCGAGUUCAAUAGUUUAGCCAACGGAAGCGAUCUACAGUCGUUGCUUGCUGAAGAGAGAUUCUUUGGUGGUAAUCGCGAACAUGUCUCAGAGGAGAGACUCCGCCUCAUGCCUUCCCAGAACGAAAGCUAGUGUUACCGUUUCUGCUUUGCUGUGUUUUUGUUGUUUUAAAUAUUUUGUCAGAUAUUAUGAAACGUUGACUUUGUGAUCUUUUUUUUUCUCGAGUCGUAUGAUGGAUUAUGGAUUA